AAAUAAUUAGUAGGUUACUGUGACGUCACGAUGACGUCAGCUCGACGUGGCUCGCAAUGGGCCAUAACAACUUGGAAGCGAGCGUUUGAAGGAGCGCUGAUAACUCCAGCAUUUGACAAAGACGGAGAGAUGAUAGUAGGCAGUGGAAAAGCUAACGAAGUUACACUCAACGUUGAAACGCUGGAGCAUAAUGAAGGCGAUUGCGUAGCUGAUGGACAAGACUUGAAGUUCCCACCUCGUCAGUACGUUUAUACGAAGAUUUCUGCACUUAUAUUGCUCAUGCAAUGGGAGAAAGAGAGCAUCAGAACCACAAUGCAAAUGCCUUCAACCAUCAGCGAAGAAGCCAGCAAAUCUGCAUGUACUUCUAAACUGGAGUGUCACAAAUACGGGGUACCUGACGCAUUUACGUCAGCAGCUUUAGUAGAAUGGUUGAUGAAGAAUCUGGAAAUAACAUCAAAGUCCGAGGCAUCCCACUUGGCCACAUUACUAUGCAAGCUUGGGUACAUCUACCCAUGCAGGUUUGGUUGGGAUAUCUCUAACAUUACAGUGGGGGAUCAGGACGAAUCGGUUCUUUACAGAUUCCAGAGUCCUUUUUAUUGGCCAACAGAGACAUUAUCACCUACAGAAACUGAUCACGCUUGCCAUUUACUAUCACGAGAACAACACAGCCAGGAAAAUCCACUGGAAGAAUAUGAAUCAAAAUACCUUGGAAAACUUGAGAAAAACAUGACUAGUCGAUGGAGUUUUGUCAAGAGUUCAACAGCUAUUAAAGAAAAUUUACUACAGCAGUGCUGUGCAGUGGACCAAGCAAUUAAAAGAUGGCAAGAGUUUGCGUUUUGGAGAGUUAACCGACCGCAAAUGUAUCAGAAACAAGUUGGAAACAUAAAAGCAAACACAUGGGCGACUGCUAUUAGAGGAAUGAAUAGAAAAUUUACUUCUUAUCCAAGAGCAAAUGAUAAAAGUAAAAAAGAGAAGAAAAAAAAUCCAGGAAAAUCUCCGUCCAAAGUUUUAGCUACAAGUUGUUCAAGGAUCCUCACUGUUUGCACCGAGUGGGUGAGCAUUGACCCCUUAUUCCAGGAUGAGAUGUAUUACAACCCAUGGAGAGCUGAUACAUUAAGAGACUCCUGGCCACAACCAGGACCAGGCCCUUAUAAACUGGAGGCCAAAAGUUGGGCCUUGAGUUUUGAAAUGCUCAUACAAAGUGAUCUUGGCCAACAGUAUUUUGAAGAGCAUUUGAAAAAGGAGUUCAGCGACGAAAACUUGAAUUUUUAUUGCGAGGUCAUGUACUUGAAGUGUUCCAAAGAAAAGGAAGUCGAUCAACUCAUCAAGGCUAUAUUUAACGAUUACAUAUCUCCAAAUGGAAGUACUCCAGUGAACAUCGACACUCAGGUUGUUAAGCACGUAAAGCAGGAGCUAAAACAAGCCAAGUCUCGGUAUAUUUUUGAUGCCGCGCUCGAUCAUAUAUACACACUAAUGAGAAAAGAUUCGUACAAAAGAUUUCUAACGUCAAAUAUUUACAAAGACGCGGUAGCAAACGCAAAGCAUCCAUGUAAACCAAGAAAAGAAAAAGGAGGUUUGCCAAAAAUUUGGAGACUUUCCCAGUUUUUGCCGAAGAAGAAACCCGAAGAAUUGGGAGAUCCAGAGAGAGGAAACUGUUAAACCUAAGUUCCAUCAAAGCGUUUUGGGACAAUCACUUUUUCGAGCCAUUCUCCAAUUUUUAUGCUUUCUAUGGCGCUGCAUGAUGUCAUCAAUGAUAUCAUUGAUGAUGUCACCAUCAGAAUGAAGUGAGAAACAAAGGGGAGAUACAACCUUGUUAAUAUUGCUUUACGAUCAUAGACACCAAACCUAGGGUGGCAGAGUGGGCACGCUUACCCUGAAUUUUUUCACACAAUCUUUUUUGGCAUUAAUCAGUAAAAUACAACCAAUAAGUAGUGUUUUUAUAGGAUUGUGUCUAACUAUCCCUGCCUCCCCUGCAAUUUAGGUUUGGGGUCUAUCUUCACAAUGUAGAUAUUUUUAUUUUGUUACCUGAUAAGUGUUUUGUCGUGCAAAUAAACAAA